AUGAGCGGUGCAGUCCCCUUCCGACAGGAUCUUCCUCCUUCCGGAGGCUACCAGCCCAUCCGAUACAAGCGCAACUUGCCCGGAAAGAACCUUUCGGGUCUCACCAUCUUUGGCGGUGUCAUUGCCGUCUGCGCAUACGGUUUCUACAAGGUUGGCCUUAGCAAUCUCGAACAACGAGAGCUCAAGAGGGAGCGCGCAUGGUCUCGAAUCCACCUCGUCCCCGUGAUGCUUGCUGAAGCAGACCGCGAUGCCUACCGACGAAACGAGGCGCAGGUCGCACGAGAGAAGGAGAUCAUGAAGGACGUUCCCGGCUGGGAGGCUGGCAAAUCCGUAUACAACACCAAGCGCUACACUCCGCCGAACUUUGUCGUGCUCUAG